AUGCAGAGCAAUUAUCAAGAGUUUCUUAACAAGGAAAUUUACACACUAAGAACACUGCCGCCUCUUCAAUCUCACUCAACUCACGCGUCAACUACGCAUUAUGUUAACGUCUAUACAGAGCAACUAUUAGGA